AGGGGAAUAUGAAUAUCCAAAGAUGGAAGGCCUUUUUUAUUGGCUCCUUCACUUUGCUUUGCUUUGCUUGUGAAGUUGGCUUUGGAUUACUCUUAUUAUCCUGUCUCCCGCAAAAGCCAGUAUAACAACACGACGAAAAAUAACGGAAAAAAACUUUUCGAAGAAAAUUAUUGUUCUUGUUGUGAUUAGGAUUACUAUUAUUCCAUCUCUCUCUUUCUCUCUCUCUCUCUCUCUCUAGUGCUUCGAUCGGAUCUGAAGCAGCUCUUCAGAGGAACAGAAAGACCCCCUCCCCCCCACUACGCACCAAAGGUUGUUUCACUUUCUCUGUAAAGGUUCUGGGUUCUCUCUCACUGUUCCAACUGUCAUGAAGGAUUGCUUGCUCUGCACUGUACUCUCUCUUCUCUGAUCAGUGCCUGUGGGAAAUUACUGAAUGGAGUCUCGUACUGAUGGAGUUAAUUCUUUGUCAAAGGCUCAGAAUUUGGCAAUAGGCAACAACCCUCCAAGAUCUGGGACUCCUCGCUCCUCUCGUCCUGCAUCUCCAAAACAAACUAGAAAUGAAGUGGCUUCUUCCAGUUCCUAUGCUACUGCUCAUAAUCAUGGCAUGAAGACGACCGGCCUUCCAAAUGGUUAUGUGAUUAAUCAAAAUCCUUCCUACAAGGCAGCCAAUGAAGAAUCUCCCAGUACGGUGAAACGAUUUCAGAACUCAGAUAAGGGAAAAUCUGAAUAUGCUGGCACCAGUGAUGUUCUUAGUAAAGCAGUUGAAACCUCUCAUGAGGAGAAAGUUUCUGCUGUGAAAGCAAAAUCUUAUAUUAAGAAUCCCAUUAAUGGAAGUGCCGCACAAGUAAGCAGUAACUUAACAUCUCAAUCAGCAGUAACCUUAUGUCCAAGUCCUCAGAACAGUCUCUAUGCAGCCACCCUGUAUUCGGAAGCCAAACAGAGUUUCACAAAUACGGAAGUUAGUGAAUGUACAAGCAGCAUUGAGAAGUCUUGUGAAAGUGGCGAAGUUACUAAUUCAUGUGAUUUCGUUGAGAGCAGGAAGACCAGCAUCUAUAGAGGCAGCACUGGCAGUGACAUUAGCGAUGAGAGCAGCUCGAGUAGUUUAAGCAGUGCUAUGUACAAGCCCCACAAGGCAAAUGAUAUAAGAUGGGAAGCCAUUCAAGUCGUUCGAUCUCGUGAUGGGAUGUUGGAAAUGAAACAUUUUAGAUUGUUGAGGAGACUGGGAUGUGGAGACAUAGGCAGUGUUUAUCUAUCAGAGUUGACUGGCACUAAAACUUAUUUUGCCAUGAAGGUGAUGGAUAAAGGAGCUCUGGCAAGCCGCAAGAAACUUCUAAGAGCUCAGACAGAAAGAGAAAUACUGCAAUCUUUGGAUCAUCCAUUCCUACCAACAUUGUAUUCACAUUUUGAGACAGAGAAGUUCUCUUGCUUGGUAAUGGAGUUCUGUCCUGGUGGAGACCUGCAUGCACUCAGGCAAAGACAACCUGGGAAGUAUUUUCCAGAGCAUGCUGCCAGGUUUUAUGUGGCUGAAGUUCUUCUUGCUCUGGAGUACUUGCACAUGCUUGGGAUCAUUUACAGAGACCUUAAACCCGAAAAUGUGUUGGUGAGGGAAGAUGGACACAUAAUGCUUUCAGAUUUUGACCUCUCUCUAAGAUGUGCUGUCAGCCCAACUCUGGUGAGAUCCUCAAACUCCAGCUUGGAGACAAAAAACUCGGGAUACUGCGUUCAACCUGCCUGCAUAGAGCCAACUUGUGUAAUGCAGCCAGAUUGCAUCCAACCUGCAUGUUUUGCACCACGCUUCUUUUCAAGCAAGACCAAGAAGGAAAAAAAGAACAAGCCAAAGAAUGAAACAUGUCAUCAAGUAUCCCCUCUCCCUGAGCUCGUCGCUGAACCCACAAAUGCUCGAUCAAUGUCUUUUGUUGGUACACACGAGUACUUGGCUCCUGAAAUCAUUAAAGGUGAAGGCCAUGGUAGUGCUGUAGAUUGGUGGACAUUUGGGAUAUUUCUUUAUGAGCUUUUGUUUGGUAAAACUCCAUUCAAGGGAGCAGGGAACCGGGCUACUCUAUUUAACGUGGUCGGCCAACCCUUGAGAUUUCCAGAGUCGCCUAGCGUGAGCUUCGCUGCCAGGGACUUAAUCAGGGGUCUACUUGUGAAAGAGCCACAGCAUCGUCUUGCUUAUAGGCGUGGUGCUACAGAAGUUAAACAGCAUCCCUUCUUUCAAAGUGUGAAUUGGGCUCUUAUUCGCUGUACAAGUCCGCCAGAUGUGCCAAAACAGGUUGCGGUUGACUUCGCUACAAGAACCGAUGUGCCAAAAGCACCCACAACUGAGGUGCCUGGUGUUGAUGUGAAGCCUUCAGGUAAUUAUUUAGAGAUUGAUUUCUUUUGAUUAUUGUAUCCAUUUUCUUUCUUUGAGAACCACUUUCCAUCUCCUCGUUUGUAUUGUGCCUCAAUGGUUUCUUUCCAUUGCAAAAAGAUACAAAUCUGUAAUUCCUUUCA